AUGUGGUGUCUCUGGACCUGGUCCAUCUGCCCGCUUUCCAUUGCUCUGCCUGGCGCAGGCCGCACGCAAGCCGCAAGCCGCAAGCCGCAAGCCAAGGCAGUGGGGGCGCUAGCUUUCCCUGUAAAUCCUUCCUUCCACCAUCGGCGGGUAUUAUUGUUGUGCCUGCUGGGAAAUGCAUUUGCACCUCUCUACUCGACUGCGAGCCAAGCCAAUUUUCCACCAUCAUGUGCCUUGCCUUGUACAUUACCUAGUGCAGCAUGCCGUGCCUUGACUUGUCACCCAGCGCCAGCCUGCCUGACGGCGCCUACCCAGAUAGGCCAAUGUAAACAGCAGCAAGCAGGCAGCACGCACUUCGCCGGGGGAGGCCACUCGCUCACUACGACAAAGGACUGUCAGCCUCAGUACAAAGCCAGCAUGCUGCCAUCCAUCGAUGGUUUCCCUCCUCCGCCUCCACCUCCACCGCUCCCGUCACCUGCAUCUCCCCAAGCCCCUUCUGCAUGCCUCGAUCCGGACACCCGACCACGUCUCGAUGGUUCUUUGACGUUGUUGACAUUGCUCUUCCGACAUCGACGCCAACGCUUCAGGUCGGACCAGGGCCCACGCUACGACCAUGUCGGCUCUGGUCUCGGUGGUCUGCGCGCCCUCUUGUUGCUUUUGUUUCUCCUCCUCCCAAAACAAGCCGAGAUGGGCAUCGAUCUAAGAAUCCUAGCGCCGUCGGCUGAGACCUAUCAUCUCACUGGACCGGCUUUUCGUCCACUGGACACGACAGGCAAGCAAGGCCCCGACCCUGGGCCUGGGGAGGCAGUCCUUCGGUCCAAGUCCAGCCCGCCAGCAGGGGGUAGCCUGUGA